AACCGUUGCUUGGUCGGUCUCCCGCCUGAGGUUCAGCAUCCAAGAUCACUGGUUCACAUGUAAAAACCCACAACCGCCUCCCACCACCGUCCCCUUUCCCUUCGCGAACCCACCAUCCCCCAGUCCUUCCGUCUUCCUUCUUUGACGUCAGGCCGCCAUUGUCGCCUCCGCCUUCUCUGCAUUUUCCGACGACCGGCCAUCACCUCGCCAGACACUGCCUCUCCUCCACCAUCCAUCCGUCCGACCACUGGGAGUUUGUUACCGGUAUAGCUGGUCAUUUGGUAAGGAUCUCUGGUAAUCCUGUCCUCAGCUGCUUGUUGGAUAGACACAUUCUGUGGGGGCACACACACUGAAUCCUCUGUUUGUAUAAGAUUUGCUGCAGAAAAUGAAAAUUGAAAACAAAUCGAUCACUUGCUUCGACAUCAGUGGGCUAAUUUCAGUUCAAGUCUCUUCAUUCUUGUUUCCCAUCAUCAGUUAGGUCAGGGUGUCCAGGUUUUGAGGAUGUAUCUCUAUCAGUCUUAACUCGGACAUAGACAACUUUCUGACAGAAGCAGCAACUUGAAUUAGGUCUUUCUGGAUUAGUCCGUCAUUUUGAAUGGCAAAACGAAGAGUGAAGAAAGCUGUUAAACAAUCUGCCCCAUCUACCUCGAGUAACACGGAUUGUGCUGCUUUGAAGGUUCUUUCAGAUGAAAAGAAAGAUGGCUCAUUUAGAGACCAUGAAGUGGAGCGUCGAAGUGCUGCUAUCAGGGCUAUUCGUGAUGUGGAGAUUGAUCAUUUGAUGACUGGGUUGCGUUUGCUUCGAUCAUAUUUCAACAAGGAACAACUGCAAACUCCUGUGCUGCAAUUUUUUAAUGAAAACCUACCAAAUCUGUCAGUUAUAAUAAAUGGAAAAGAUGGACAGCACGAAGUGCAGUGGAAGGAUAAAGAUGGUAACUUAUCAACGAGCCAAGCUGAUGGAAGAAAUGUGCAUGCUUCCCUUCUACAUCGGAUGUCCAUAGCUUAUCCGGAUUUCUCCGCUGCAAUGCGACCCUUUGGUGGCUUUGAAUUUUCAAACAAAGCAGGGAAGGCAAGCCUCCUUGAUGCUGAGAUUUUGCAGAUCAGGGAUUCUGUCUUGCAUGAGCCAUCUGAUACUCACAUGUUUGGUCUGCAAGAUGCUCUCAGAACUCCUGGGGUCACUAGUCAUAGGAUGUCUGUUGGAAUGACUCCCAAAACUCUAAGGCUUCCAAAGCCGGGUGAGAUGCUUUUAUCUGUCCAUGGUUCCCCUCUUGGCGUCUACAAGGAAGACAACAUGGAAGCUAUACACGAGUCCGAAGAGGGUUGAACUGCUACUAGUUCAGUCGUCGAAGUUUCUAGAGGGCUUGCCAAACCAAGGCUGCUUGCAAUACCCAUUUUCCAUCUGUAACUGGAAUUAACAUGUAUUGAGGCUUAUGUGAACCAGGCUAACUUCUAGUUAGACUCUUGAGUUUUGAAGAAAGCAUAUUAUUAUUAUUUUUUUUUAUGAUUAUAAGAAACAACUUAUAUUUGUCUCUGUA